UUUGGCAUUCAUGCAGAGGCAUUUCCCCAACAAAUCAAUUACCUUCUGGAUGAAGCUGUGUUCCUUAUGGCAGGGCACACCAAGUUCAUUACAGAUUGGUGCUUUGGCCUUUUUAAACAAAAAUUCAGGAAAACAUUUAUGUCCUCACUGAGGGAGAUCGAACAAACUGCAAGACCAGCUGAGAUUGUCCCUAUUGGUCUCAGUGAUACCAGGAAGGCUUAUCUUUUUAAGAAGAUAAGACCUUUUUGCAAAGCAGAAGAAAAAGACUUUGUGUGCCCUAACCCAAAUAGUUACUAA